AUGUCUGGAGUAAGAACACCAAUAGACUCGUUACCCAACGAGCUCCUCAUCGCGAUCCUCUCCACAUUCGAGUCCCGCGAUCUGCUUCCAUUAACACUUGUCGACCGCCGCUUCAAUGCUACCGCCACCACAAUCCUACAACACCGCCUACUCCACACCGAGAAAAUGGAAGGACACGAGGUGAUGUUAGAGAGCUACCAUCCAAGUGUCAGGAACUCGACACCGUCCAUGACGUGUAGAUUCACAGGAGUCGAUUUUUUGAACUACCAAUGGACCGGUGAAGAAGAUAUGGACUUGCAUGAUCUCUCCCACCUCUACUCUCACUUCCGCCCGGUCGUCUCCGAAGAGACGCGGCGCAUGCGGAGGGUGUUCGGUCGACGUAUGCCGGGUGCCCCACUUGAGCAAGAGAUGGGUGACCAACCGGUCACUCAAGAACUCAUCCUGGAUGACGGCGAGCUCUUCUCUCAGCUUUGCACAACAACCAGCCUGGUGAAGUCAGGCCCGAACCCUGGUCUCCUUGCCAGCCACAGCAAUAUUGAAAAUGGCGUGGUACGCGUCUGGAGACACUGGCUAGCGAAGGCAGCCGCCAGGAGCACCAUAUGUUCGGCAGACGGAGAUCAGCAGCGGAUUGACGAGAGCACAAUCUUGUGGGCCGACUCUACAAAGAAUGUGGGACUGCGAUUCAGCGUCACCGAGGUCACCAAGGAGCGCUUACCCGCAUACCGUGGAUUGGACGAGGAUCCUCCCGUCGCGUACUCUCUUCACUACGAAGAGUUGCUGGUCCGCACAAGUCAAGUAUUGCUGGCCGUGGAGAAGUCAGCAGUGCAGGAAGUUGUCGACUCAGGCACCAAGAGGCUCACGGUACCCACGACCUUCAAUCGCGAAUCCAACAUCGAAAAGUUUCGAAGGGUAAUGCGAUUGGCCUAG